UUGAAUGGGACAGAGUACAUUAAACUACGACGCUUGUUUUACAGCGAGGCAGCGCACAUGUGGCGCAGCGCAGGCUCCAAAUAGUCCGUCUUUUAUUCGUCUUGUGUUGGACUACGAUUCGGAGAGUUUUUGGACUGUAUUCGUCUCAGCUAAAAAUGGAAUAGCAGUUAAACUUUUUACGGGUUUUGUUCGGGUUGGAUACCUGCGAUGAGUGAAGAGGAGCUGAGAAGCUCCCCCGCUGCUUUUAGAGAGUGAGGAGGAUUAGGCUGGAGCUCAGUGGAGGUACGACGGCACUCUCACACGGCAAACAGAGCUGGAGCCAUGAGCAGGGUGCUUACGGAGCACAUCAGCAGUAGCUUCCGAGAAGAUGCUCCUCGUCCUCCGGUACCGGGGGAGGAGGGAGAGGCGUCAUGCUACAACCCCAGCAGAUCUGCCAAAAUGAUAGCCCAGAUCAAGGUUAAAGAUACCCACGUCGCCGCAGCGCCUCCCGGCUCCACACCGCGCAGAAACGAGGAUGGACUCGGGGAGCCAGAGGGCAGCGCGUCCCCGGACUCGCCCCUAGUUCGGUGGACAAAGUCUCUGCAUUUUCUUCUGGGUGACCAAGACGGUGCUCAUCUCUUCAAGACCUUUUUGGAGCGGGAGAAUUGCGUUGACACUUUGGACUUUUGGUUCGCCUGCAACGGCUUCAGGCAAAUGGACUUAAAGGAUACCAAAACGUUGCGAGUUGCCAAAGUUAUUUUCAAGCGGUACAUCGAGAACAACAGCAUAGUCGCAAAACAGCUGAAACCGGCCACCAAGACCUUCAUAAGGGAUAGUAUUAAGAAGCAACUAAUUGACUCUGCUAUGUUUGACCAAGCUCAGACGGAAAUUCAGUCCCACAUGGAGGAGAAUGCUUACCAGAUGUUUUUGACCUCUGACAUAUACCUCGAAUAUGUGCGCACCGGCUGCGAGAACGCCGCGUACAUGAACCAUGGCGGUCUCAGCAGCCUCAAGCUGAUGUGCGGAUACCUUCCACCUCUCAUGGAGGAAGAAGAAUGGAGUUGUAAUGACCUGAAGGCAAAAACGUUAGGGUCUGUGGUUGGACUGUCUGCGAAGAACCUGAGGGCUACUGCUACCAUCCGGACAGCAGCUGAAGUGCUGGAGAACAACUGCAGGUCCCAUCGUCGAGGAGACCCCGCCAGCCCAUACUUUGUCAACCCUGGCUACAUUUUUGCCCCCGCCACCAGUGCCAAUGACAGCGAGAUCUCCAGCGAUGCCGCCACAGACGACUCCAUGUCUAUGACGGACAGUAGUGUAGAUGGAAUCCCUCCAUACAAGCUGGGUACCAAAAAGCAGCUGCAGCGAGAGAUGCAUCGCAAUGUUAAGAUCAACGGCCAAGUUACGCUACCCCACUUUCCUAGGACACACCGGCUGCCUAAGGAGAUGACCCCCGUUGAGCCCUCAGCUUUUGCUGCCCAGCUUAUCACCAAACUGGAGAAGCUGAAGCGAGAGCAGGACACGAUGAGCUCACUGGAGGAGAGGCUGCAGCAGAUCCAGGAGGAGGACGAAAGAGAGGAGGGCAACGACCUUAGCAGCACCUCCCUCCAUCACCCUCUGCUGCCAUCUGGUAGCCACUGUGAGGAGGACCCCCAGGCUAUCCUAGACGAGCACCUUUCACGUGUACUGAAGACUCCUGGCUGCCAGUCACCUGGUAUGAUUAGGCACUCACCACGUGCACGCUCACCAGAUCGGACAGAUGCUUUGGUGUCCUCUGGCCACGGACCCUUCUUCGGGGCUUAUCACGGUGCUACCAAGGUUCUGAUGACAGGCAGGCAGUCUACAAAGCACAUCCACCACCACUACAUCCACCAUCACCACACUGGGCCAAAAACCAAGGAGCAGAUCGAGGCCGAGGCAGCUCAGCGCGUGCAGUGCCUCUGCCCUCAAGGGGGCGCCAGUUAUUCUGACUUCACACCUGCUCGCUGCAGCACUUUGUCCAGACGGCCAGUCAAGGCCUGCGAUGAGGGUGUGUCUCCGCCAUGCCUUCCUCUAGUGUCCACUGACCGCUCUCAGAAUGUUUGGCAGUGGAUCCUAGAGAGUGAAAGGCAGGGCAAGCACAAACCACACAGCACUCAAGGCCUAAAGAAGUCCAGCCCGCUUGACUCCAAAAUCCUGCCUGCUCGGACCGGCUCCCCUUGGGGUGGAGGUGGUAUCGGCAACGGGGCUCAUCUUCGUGGCCAUCACCCAGGCCACCCUUUCAUCCAGGAUCCUGCCAUGCCACCCUUACCCCCACCCAACACCCUGGCACAGCUAGAGGAGGCCUGCCGCAGACUAGAAGAGGUUUCCAAGCCACCAAAGCAAAGGCACUCAGCAGCAGUCAGCAGCCUUCAGAGGGACAGGAGCCAUCCAGCUGCUGCUUUCCCCGCCGGAGGCAGCUCUCUUGUCAACUCUGGGCUACAAGCAGACGAGUCUAAGGAGCUGAUGGUCACCUACUUUUUCUGUGGUGAAGAAAUUCCUUAUCGCAGCAUGAUGAAGACCCACUGCCUCACCCUGGGUCACUUCAAGGAACAGCUUAGCAAGAAAGGCAACUACCGGUACUACUUCAAGAAGGCAAGUGAUGAGUUUGAGUGUGGUGCGGUGUUUGAGGAAGUGUGGGAAGAUGCCGCUGUGUUGCCCAUGUAUGAGGGCAAGGUCCUGGGCAAGGUGGAAAGGAUGGACUAAAAGCCACAGCCAACUGCCCUUCCCCACCCAACCAAAAGCUUAACAGUCCCUAAAAACCUGAGCGACAGACUCUGUAAAAACACUCUGGACUUCUUUUUUUUUAUUGUUUUUUUUUUUAAUAUUAAGCUAAACAGAGUUAAUAUAUC